AUGGGUGGAAGGGACCAAGAUGAAAUGGACGAUUCAGAGCUUGAGAGCAGCUCUGAUGAUGCGCAGGAGGAAGACUUGGACUCGGCAGUCUCGGAAGACGGUGACGAUGAGGAGCCGCCCUCACGUCCUUACAUGGCUCUGCUGCAAAGCUUGAACGAGUCCAGUAACCCGAAAGCCAAGAGGCGGAAGCUGGAACAUCCAGCUUCGCCCCAGCAAGCUCCCAGCUCGCUGUCCCAUCAACGUGAGAAUGGAGAUGAUGAGGAGCCUGAAGACGUCGACAAGGCGGACGAGGAAGAGGAGCCCACUGUGGACCCCGACGAGCAACCGCAAAGUGAUUCGGAUUCCGAAGACGGAGAUGCCUCCGCAGAUCCCUUUGAUGCUCACAUCGCCCAGCCUGACAAGUCGAGCGUCGCAAAGUCGGUGCAGGCAGUCAAGGAUGGGCAGUGGACGACGAAGCGGGCGCUCAUCCAAUCAUUGCGGACAACAUUAAUGUCUCCUGGACUUGAAAGUGCAUUGGAGGUUCCUGAGAGUGUUGCACAAGUGGAUGCCCUCAAACUUAAGCAAAAGUUGAGGGAGACAGCCAGCACAAAGAUGAGCAACCUCGAUGCAAGCCAACGAGCACUCAUGCCUCUGCUCUUCGAGUAUCGAGAUGUACUGCAUUGCGACCGGACAGUGGCGAACUCCCACGGCCUUCGUCAACUAGUUUGUCUUCAUGCUCUCAACCACGCCUUCAAGACCCGAGACCGCGUCAUCAAGAACAACUACAAACUCGCCAAGGAGAGAGAAGACACAGACCUCGAGUUCCGGGACCAGGGCUUCACCCGCCCCAAAGUGUUGUUCCUCCUCCCCACCCGGAACUCGUGUACGCAAAUGGUCAACAUUAUUCGAGAACUGUGUGAGCCUGAGCAGCAGGAAAACCGCAAGCGGUUCGAGGAGUCCUAUGUCGAAAAGAGCUCCAGUUUUGGGGACGAUCGGCCUGCCGACUUUAAAAACCUGUUCGAGGGCAACGACGACGACAUGUUCCGCAUCGGCGUCAAGUUCACGCGCAAAACCAUAAAGUACUUUGCCCAAUUUUACAACUCGGACAUUCUCUUGGCCAGCCCCCUGGGUUUGCGCAUGGCCAUGGGGUCCGAGGAGGACAAGAAGAAGCCAGACUUUGACUUUUUGAGCUCGAUUGAAUUGGUCGUUGUGGAUCACGCCGACGCGCUCUUGAUGCAAAACUGGGAGCACGUCGAGUACAUCUUUGAGCACCUCAACAAGCAGCCCAAGGACGCUCACGGUUGCGACUUUAGUCGCGUGCGGCAUUGGUACCUGGAUGACAUGGCCAAGUUCUUCAGGCAAACAGUUGUCCUUUCGGCCUUUAAUACCCCCGAGCUGUCAGAGCUGGCGAGGCUGCACUGCCACAACUGGGCCGGCAGAGCGCGGCUGCAGCCUGAGUAUCCGGGGGCCAUUCUGCAGCUCGGGAUCAAGGUCAAGCAAGCGUUUUCGCGGUUCCAGUCAUCGUCUGUGGACAAUGACCCCGAUGCCCGGUUUGAGUACUUUGUCUCGGCCAUUGUUCCUACGCUCGUCAAGCGGGCCAAGGACUCGACCGGCACGCUGCUCUUCGUCCCCUCCUACCUCGACUUUGUCCGGGUGCGCAACUACUUUGCAAACUCGCCCACGGUCAGCAGCGUCACCUUUGGCGCCAUUUCCGAGUACACGGACGUGCCCGAGGCAUCGCGCGCGCGGUCGCAUUUCCUGUCGGGGCGGCAUCGCGUCCUCUUGUACACGGAGCGGGCGCAUCACUUUCGGCGCUAUCAGCUCAGGGGCGUGCACAGGGUGGUGUUCUACAGCCUGCCGGAUAACCCCAUCUUCUAUCGGGAGAUUGCGGGGGAGUAUCUGGCCAAGAGCGAACAGGACCUAAGGAUCGAGCCCGGGCAGGGGACGGUACGCGUCAUGUUCUCCAGGUAUGAUGUGAUGAAGCUGGAGAGAGUGGUGGGCUCCAAGAGGGUCGCGAAGAUGAUGCAGGAGCGAGGUGACACAUUUGACUUUGUUUGA